AUGGCAGCACCUCAUAAAUAUUUGGCUUCUUUCACAAGGAGCACACUGUCUUCAUUGUUACAGCCUGUUAGGCCCUCUACAACUUCCUCCCUCCCAUUCUUAUAUCCCGUUCAGCAGCAGACCAGAGAUUUAAGACUUGUCAGCAAGUCGAAAGCUAAAGAUGACGCUGCAAAAUCAAAAAAGAAACGAAGAACAUUCAAACAGUACGAUAUGAAGGAUGCCAUUCAAUUCUCAUUAUGUGAUGCUAUGAGCGGUCGUGCUAAUGGUACUCGUGGCAGAUAUAUUCGCGCUUUUGAAGCUGGAAGACAACCGACAUCCAUCAAAUACGAAGUCCAUUUGAAACUGCGCACGAAAAAAGAUGGUCCCAUAAUUCGAAAUCAACUGCGGCUCCCACAUGCUGUGCAGACAGGAGUUCGGGUUUGUGUGAUUGCUCCUGAUGGUUCGCGAGCGGCAAAGGACGCUAAAGCUGCUGGGGCAGACAUUGUCGGCGAACAAGACGUUUUUGACCAGAUCAAAGCAGGCAAAAUAGAAUUCGAAGCUUGCAUAUGCCAUUCUUCUAGUCUUCAGAACCUGAAUAAAGCCGGACUGGGCAGAAUUCUAGGCCCAAAGGGGUUGAUGCCCAGUGUAAAACUGGGGACAGUAGUGGACAAUGUCGGUUUGGCAGUGAAAAAUAUGCGUGCUGGCAGUAUUUACAGAGAAAGAUCUGGUGUAAUUCGCAUGUCGAUUGGCCAGUUGGGAUUUUCUCCUGAAGAGUUGAGGAACAACCUCCAUACUCUUGUGGCUCAAGUAAAGAAAGAUGCAGCUUCAUUGUCUGAUCAGGUAUCUAAAGAGGUUGCAGAAGUGGUUCUAAGCUCCACUAAUGCUCCAGGAUUCAGCUUAAAUGGUGAAUUCAAAACAGAAGAUUCUCCUCCUUCAUAUGCACUCACGGGAUAG